AUGACCCCUAUUUUGAUGCAUCUGAUUCCCAACGUUUACUGUUCACUCUGUGGAGUUGUUCUGCUGGCCGACCCCUACAGUGAUGAUGACCCAGUAUCUUUAAACUCUCGCAUUCGACCUUGGUAUGCAGAAGUACGAGGUCUCUAUUCGACUAAUGCGUGUGCUGGCGAUAUCACCACAACUGGGCUGGGGAUAGUACGCGGCCGGAACAUUCUCUUUGCGCCGCCUGACAGCAAUCAAUCUUAUGUCGAGGUGGGAGAUGAGGCGCUAGAGGAAUGGAGACUUUGUGGAUCCUCGGAAAGCCGUUGGUGCUUCGGAUUCCACGACUCAUGUUGGAAAUUGCUUCUCCUCAGGCUUGCUUGUGAACCGGAUGAUGCCUGCCAGAGUGAAGCGACUAUCUCAGAGUCGGUUUUUUAUCAAUUGUAUUGCACCCCUUGUAUCGACGCGUCCAUCUUCAAAUUUGGCCACGACUAUGAUGGAGCUGCGCAAACACACAAAUCGUUCGGGCUCCCCAAGGCAGUGGAUCCGAUCUCACAUUUCUACGCUGACCCCUGUGCAAUUCCCUCUCUCAAGGAGUUAGAAACAGCCGCGCCUGAGUUCCGCAAGAUGCGUGAUAUUUCGCCCUGGAAAGAACCAGAUGGGAAUCGCCCGACGACUACAACCGCGGCAGGGAUUGAUUGUCACAGCGAAGAGAGCACGUCUGGAUCAAGCUCCGUGGAGCCAGCUCUUAUGGCGAAACAAAUGUGCCGAAGUUCGGACAGACCUAAGCACUACAUCUUGGAUAGACUCUCACUUGAGCUGAAAUUCGAGAUCUUCUCAUAUUUAUCCUGUGAAGAACUCCUCAAUGUAAGACUUGUAUGCUGGAAUCUAGCCGUACUUGCAAGUGUCAACAUGCUUCCACAGUCAUACUGGCGAAGUAGAUUUCUUCUGGGCCAGGAAGCAGACUUUCUUUUCCUGGAUCCUAUGGGUGCUCAGGACUGGUAUCUGCUUUUCUUUGGGACCAGAAAAUCCCUCAAUAUAGGCACCCUGUCAUUGACCAACCGGAAAAGAACCCGACAGCUGCUGGAGCCCAUUGCUGCUCUUGUGUGUCUAGAGCCUCUUUUGAGAAAUGGACUAUACGGGUCUGCCAUCCACCCGGCGCAAAGCCAAGAUGGAUAUUAUCAGCCCAUCGAUGAUGAGAAUGCCGAGAAGCUGCCUUGGUUCAUAAAGGUAGCCAGCUUCUUUUCCGGCCAGCUAGCCUCUGUUGGCACGGACAGCCCAUUAUAUGAGGGAUGCCGCAUGCUUUACCACAGGACGAAAUCGUUUGUUACCCCAAUUCAGCAGGGUCGACAACGAAUAGGUAUCUCAACCAUCCAAUUUGGUGCACAGAUCUUUAUAUCUGGAAUAAAUCUAUUCCAAUCCCAGGAGCGCAGUAUGGUUGACCGCCGAGUCGGAUAUCACAAUUCGGCUUCUGAGACCUGGGUAGAAGUACCAAACACCCUCCACGUGAGAGCGCUCGGCGUGGCGUUUUGCUCUGAAGGGCUGACGGGAAUCAAAUUUAUAUACACCGGGUCAAAUUCAUCGGGCUGGAUUGGAGAUUCCAACGGCCCAGGAGUUGCUCAUGGGACACUGAACAUCUCAGAGAGGUCAAACCAGUUGCUUGUAGGUUUGGAUCGAUACAAAAUCGUUUCAUUCGGCCUCGGCGAAGUGGCACCUCACUUUGAAACUCUGAAGUCUUCUCAACAUGUUAUGGAUUCAUCUUAUGUACAGUCUCAUUUAUGGAUGCCACAUCCUCCAAGACAAGAGGAAUCCAGGAUUAGCAUUCUUUUACCGUCCCAGUCUUCCCGGAAUUUUGCACCCUUGACCAACAUUGAUUUUGGUGGUCCAGGGGGCCUGUUUCUCGCAUCCUUGGCAAGGCUUACGCUUCAUAUGGAUUCUGACCCUCACCUAUUCAUCGGAAUAGAGAUAUCGUACUCUGAUGGGAGGUCUGUAAUUUUCGGUUCUAGCGGUGGUUGCGAGAUUUCCUUCUUUGUCGACGGAUCAAAUGGGGAGCGUAUCAAUCGAAUCGGGAUACUGCCAAACAUUCGGAGAGCCCAUCCAGAAGAGGGUCUCGGUGGUGUGCAGAUGUCAACGAACUAUGGACGAACUGCUACUUUCGCUCCUCUUCGCUAUCGGCUCAAAGCAGCUGUUGAGUUCAUACCAAUUUCGUCGCCCAGCAACAUCAUCACCGGAUUGGUUGCAGUUGAAAAGACAACCCCGACUCGAUUUGAGCGCGUCGGCAUUCAGUCCCAGCAGUGUGGCAAACAACCUAAUAUACCAGAUACACUGGAUCGCGAAUGCCAUCAAAUACCUGAGGAUCAACUGCGAUAUGACGAAAAGUUUUCUCAUUUCAUUAAUAGUAUCAAUCCCGGUAACUAUCAGACCUAUGCGUGCCUCAAGAAUGUCCGGAAAAUACAGGCAUCCACAGGCAUACAAGGUCGGUCUAGAUCUCGAAGUCGCAUAUCCGGCCUGAAGCUCGAGUAUUACGGCCAUCCAAGCCCUGGCAUUGUAGGGCAAUGGAUGCAUCCACUAGAUGAUGGGUUUGAACUGUCUCAAGACGAGUACAUACAAUCCUUGACUAUCUGGCUCGUUCAAACGGGAUUCUCUACUGAAUGCCCCGGGAUGGAAAUAGGCCAAGUUGCAGCCAUACACCUUGAAACAACGCGUUCUCGCAGUGUGACGUUUCGCGCUCCAGACUUCCAGUCUAUAUCAUCCCAAGCGCUACAACACCACCAGUAUCAGGCUGACUCCGAUGAGAAACUCACAGCUAUCUCUUGGAUAUUGAAUCUAUCAUGUGAGCGCGUCAGAGCUGUCAUUUCGACGGAUGGAAACCGCCGAAAAGCCCGAAUAAUGGUCCCCAAACAAGUGGUACCUUUUGACCAGGUACGGAAUCUCUACUUUGAGAGGCAGAAUGACAAUGGCUGCAUAGAGACCAUAAUUACAGCUGAGGCCCACUUCAAAGAACGGACAAUUGUCGGACUAGUCUUCGUCUAUACGUCAGGUGAAACAGCGAGCAUAGGUGACCUCGACACUGAGGCCCGUCAAACAGUUCAUUUUCCGCCGGAUGCUCGGAUUGUUGGCUUCUCAGCUGCUUUUGCGAGCGCGCACCACAAGCUUAUGGAGAUCGAGUUUGAUGUUGAACGAAAUGAGCAGCCUUGGUACCAUAAGCUUGGUCUUUCAACAUCUCCGCCCCUGGACGUGGCCCAUAAUGUCGAUUACAACUGUCGAGAGGUGUGGUGCAAGGAUGAUGCGUCUGCAGACAGCGAACGGCUGUUAGAGUAUGACAGAGUAUACAAGGCCCCGAGUGGGUCGAGGCUUGUUGGUAUUUAUAUGGGCUGUCAAGAGUUCUCUCGUGUUGGAGCACUAUACGAGCCCUGUGACUCUCAAUAG